AUGUUUGAUCAACUUUGGAACAUCCUUCAAGAAGUGAGAAUCCACGAAUUUACCAUCUCGAUGUUGGCGCGAUUUGAAAGCCCAAAGAAAUAUUCGUCUUUUACAUCACAAUACACAUGCAAUUUCCAAUUUGGCCGUGUGCAAUGGUUGACGAGGAGACUUGCAUGGCGUGUGUCUACAACACAUCGAGUUCGGAAUGUAAACGAACAAUGCCUUGGAUGUGGAGAGGAGAGAUUAGCUGGAAAAAAGAUAAGAUCUCCAUUUCCUAUCCUGCUACCAUGUGGAUGGCCCAUAUCGUUUGUAUGCUUCUUCCGGCUAGCAAAGAAAAAGGGAAAGAAAUUGAAGAAAGGGUACGCUGUGUUCAACUUUGAUGGGAGAGCUCAACAUUAUCAAGUUAUUUCAGGAUGGAGUUUUUCUCGAUCUUUUCUCAAUGGAAAGGAUCUUGAAUCGUGCUACAAGAAAUCGUUCAAUGAGUCGCAAGCUGGAGGACUAUGGAGAACAAAAAAUCGACCUCAAUCUCAACGGCGAAACGGUUGGCGGAGUUUCUGGAAAAUGACAUGGUUAAGGAUGCCGGCUUGGCCUGUCAGUUUAUCAUCCCAAAAUUUCCGAUUGGAGCCUGUGACCGAACGAGCAAUUCCUUUAUCAUUUUCCAGGGUGAACUUUUUACGAAGUGGAAAUACUCACUUUACUAGGCAGCUUCGUCUUAACUCGUUUAAUCCCGUCCUACGAAAGUGGACGAAAAAUCAGGAUAUGACUGGAGCUGAUCUGCGAUUGGUAUACUCUUUAUUCUUUCAAUGCAAUUUAAACUUUAGCUGCUUGAUUGGCCCUAUUAUAUUGAACGAUUUGGAAGUUGUGUUCAAAAGAUUAUCGCCAUUCCGGCCGCACUUCAGGGAGUUGAAAAUCCGGUACCUCGAAUUUCACACCCAGAUUGGCUACGAAAUAAGAUCAAAAGCAAGGUUGACGAGACUCUACAGUGUAAACUUGGUGAUUUUGGCUUCACGUUGUCAAAAAGAAAAGGCCACCGAGAUCAAUGCAAAUGGGAAACGCCUUUUAACUCAGCCGAAUGUGGAAGAUCUCACGUUGGAUUUAUGUAAGUUGACAGGAACACAAAAAGAGAAUAAAGAGAAUCAUCCAGCUGUGAAGAAAUCGAAACCCGAAGCUGAGACGAAUGAAGAACUCAAAAAGAAAACUCAGGCUAAAGAUGGCUUUGAUGCUUGGUUGGGCUUCUUAAAAAGAAAAUGGAAACAAGGACGAAAGGACCGAAAACAGACCCAACAAAACUCAACAACAGUCGAGCAAAUGCUUGUGCUUUCGAAGCAACGGAUGCAUAAUAGAUUUUGGCAGGUUCUUGCUGUGGAAGAAACACGAGAACAUGAUGUUUUCAAUGUCUGGGUUUCGAUUGAUGGACAAAUGAGUAAGCAUGGUGUUCGUGUUGAGCGGUCUUUCUAUUGGAAUCAACGAGAUAAACGAGAGAAAGGGGAAACAUCGAAAAAAGUGCUGCCACAUCGAAAAGAAUCGCUGUAUUUAUAUGAACAUCGGAUCGAAGAGGCUAUAUUUGAAGAGCUUUUGACGUCAAUCAACUCGGAGCUUUGUACAACAGCGGUGGAAGGAGUCUACGAAUCUCAGACCCCACUUCUCUUCCGGCUCUUGAAUGAGAUGGGUUGUAUGUGUCGAGUGAAUGGACCGGCCGUGCAUACAAUUUGGCCACUCACCUCGCUCAAAAUGGUACCCCUAUCCGAAGCUGAAUAUCUACCACAAGGCUCAAUUCGAUCGAUCUUUCUCUACAAAUAUUCACAGGAUUCUCGUGCAAUCUGGGUGAUCUUUGAUGCUUCGACCUCCGAGGCUCACUUUGUGAUGGCCAAUAAAGGAGAUAUGCAGAUACCCAAUUUGGAGAAAGUUUAUAGAGAACUACACCAAGCAAGUUGCGAAGAAUUUGGCAUUCAAAGUGACCUCACAAUUCUUGUCACCCAAGCAAAUGAAAGCCGCGAAUCUUUGAUUCGAAAUGUUCCCAAUCUUGGUCUUUUCCCACACGUACCGAUUCACCAAAGAGCCGAACCCUCGUCACUUUUCUCGAGCAUGGCAGCACUGGCAACGAGUGACGGCGAAACGAGCCAUUCAACAAUAUUUCUACAGUUUCAUCUAUCUAGAAGAUGGAGGAUCGAUUUGCUGAAACCUUCACGCAAUAUCAAUCUCAAAGAAAGAAGAUUU